GCUUCUUUCCCCUAGUUCCCCCUCAUAUACACCGACCGACCAAAGAGUCAUUCGGCGUCGUUAGCGACGACCGUCUUGAGCAUCAUCACCACCAAGGAGAGCAUCAUGGCUUCACUUGCAAGGAGCUCCUCCUGCUCUAGCGGGCUCGCGUCAGCUUCAGCUUCUUCCUCAUCCCAUCUGGCUCGCAGAGCGUCUACUCUGCAUCGACCACCUGGCAGCGGUGGUCACCAUGCAACGCCGCCAUCGUCGCCUCCUCAUUCCCCUUCACGAGUGAAGAUGACGAUUCACGCGCCCUAUAACUCUCCAUCAUCUAGUCGUCAUGCCGGUCCUUCCUCCUAUCACCAGCCGCAAUUGCAGCGAAAGGCUCCUCUUCCUGCGCCCUCAUCGUCAUCCCCUUCGAGAGGACACUCAAGGAACGGCAGCAGCAGCAGCAGUAGCAACAAUGAGCAAUCACGCCGUCGACGCUUUGACCCACACCAUCCACCGCGCUCAGGCUGGGAAGGCUACAUGUACCCAAUCAGCCUCGGCACUGGCUUAGGAUUUGGUAUGACCUUGUUCUCGCUGUUGCGGGACAAGGUGCGCAUGGAAGACGACCAGGCUGGGGAAGCCAACAGGAAGAAGGGUGCAAGGAAGGGCACCUCACCGCAAUUUGGCCUCGACGAGGUGACGCUCAUCUGUUUCGUCGGCGUACCUGGAGCAGGCAAAUCGUCGCAGGCCACCAGGAUGCCAGAGAGGUUCAAGGGCUUCAAGGUCCUCGAGGACGUGCAAUCCGUUGAGGACCUGAGCAAGCGGGUUCAGGAAGCACGCAAGGCCAGUAAAGAUGGGCAAGAGACUCUCCUCGUCGUCGAUGGGUUCCCUCGCACCUCGUCCGAGGCCCAAGCUAUCGAGUCGAAGCUCUGCCCCAUCUUCGUGACCCUCUUCUUCGACUUACCUCGCAAGGACUUCACCAAGCGCUUCCCGAAGCGAUCGGCCGAGAAGGAAUUUGAUCCUGCUGCGAAGGAGGUCGAGGAAGUAGUCAGGGCGUUUAGGAAGCGAGGCAACAUCCUGGAGAUCAGUGCAGAUUGGGAGAGCAAGGAUGAGGUGUGGGAGCAGGUCGAAGCAAAGGUAGAGCAGGUGCUUGAGCUUAAAGCUAUGGGCGAGGAUGUCAGCGUGGAGGAGUAGGAGCGCGUUACGGCCAAAGAUUCGCGUAUCAUUCUGUCAUUCCUGUAUGUAUUUGUAUGAGACCGCCUCAGUCAUUGCCAUGCAUCGACCGUAUCCUUUCGUCCUCGACUGCUUGCUAUGGCAGCUAAAUCCGGCCUACUUCUUGCCCUGCUCCGGCUCCUUGGGCUUAGGCGGGGUAAGCGUGUACUGCUUAGGUGUCCUCCUCUCUCCCUCCCCAACCUGCUCCCAAGGGCUAGCACUCUCAAAGUUCCUGAACGCCUGCGUCAAUUGCAGCGGCUCAGUGACGACCCUCUUCUUCUCCUCACUC